AAAAUCAAAUUACCGAGAUAAGAAAGUCAUAUUUAUGAUAUAAAGUCGUUAUGAAAAUUUCAUAAUUAUGACAAAGUCUAAAUUAUGAGAAAAACUUCAAUUUGAGAUAAAAAAAAAAAAGUCGAAAAAAGUAAUUAAAAGUCAUAAUUUUAAGAUAAAAAAUCGAAAUUAUGAAAAAGUCAUAAUUAUGAAAUAAGAAAGUCUAAAUAAUGAGAAGUAAAUUGUGAAAAAUCAUGAGAUUAAAAAUUUAAAUUAUGAGAUUAAAAAAAUCAUAAUUAUGGGUUAAAACAUCGAAAUUAUGAGGGAAAAAAGUCAUAGUUAUGAGAUAAAAAGUCAAAUUAUGAGAUUAAAAAGUAAACUGAGAUGAAAAAAAAUCGAAAUUAUGAGAAAAAAGUUAUUAAAAGUCAUAAUUUUAAGAUUAAAAAAAAAAUCGAAAUUAUGAGAUACAAAUUAUAGGAUAAAAAGUUUAAAUUAUGAGAUACUAAGUCAUAAUUAUGAGAUAAAAAGUCAAAUUACUGAGAUAAGAAAGUCAUAUUUAUGAUAUAAAGUCGUUAUGAAAAUGUCAUAAUUAUGAGAUAGUCUAAAUUAUUAGAGAAAAGUCAUGACAUUUUUAAAAAGUCAAAAAAAAAAGUUAAGUCAUAAUUUUUAAAUAAAAAGUCGAAAUUAUAAAAAAGUCAGAAUUAUGAGAUAAGAAAGUCAAAAUUAUGAGAAGUAAAUUGUAAAAAGUCACGAUAUUAAAAAUUGAAAUUAUGAGAUUAAAGAAAUCAUAAUCAUGGGUUAAAAAAAUCGAAAAUAUGAGGAAAAAAGUCGUAAUUAUGAGAUAAAAAGUCAAAUUAUGAGAUUAAAAAGUAAACAGAUAAAAAAAAGUUGAAAUUAUAAGAUAAAAAGUUGAAGUUAUGAGAUACAAAGUCAUAAUUAUGAGAUAAAAUGUCUAAUUACUGAGAUAAGAGUCAUAUUUAUGAUAUAAAGUCGUUAUGAAAAUGUCAUAAUUAUGAGAUAAAGUCUAAAUUAUGAGAGAAAAGUCAUAAUGAGAUUUUUAAAAAGUCGAAAAAAGUUAAGUCAUCAUAAUUUUAAGAUAAAAAGUCUGAAUUAUGAAAAUGUCAUAAUUGUGAGAUAAGAAAGUCUAAAUUAUGAGAAGCAAAUUGUAAAAAGUCAUGAGAUUGAUGAAUUAUGAGAUUAAAAAAAUCAUAAUUAUGGGUUACAAAAUAGAAAUUAUGAGGGGAAAAAAAUCAUAAUUAUGAGAUAAAAAGUCAAAUGAUGAAAUUAAAAAGUAAACUUUGAGAUAAAAAAAAGUCGAAAGUAUGAGAUAAAAAGUUAUUAAAAGUCAAUUUUAAGAUAAAAAGUCGAAAUGAUGAAAAAGUCAUAAUUAUGAGAUGAAAGUAAAACAUGAAAUAAAGUAAAGUAUCAGAGAAAAGUCAUGAGAUUAAAAACUGAAAUUAUGAGAUAAAAAUUCAUAAUUAUGGGUUAAAAAGUCGAAAUUUUGAGGAAAAGGUCAUUAUUGAGAUAAGAAAGUUGAAAUUAUAAAAUAAAAAGUCAUAAUUUUAAGAUAAAAAGUUGAAAUGAUGAACAAGUCAUGAAUAGAUAAACAGUCAUAAUUAUGAGAAAAGUCCCAAUUUGGUAAAUCAUAAUUAAAAAAGUCUUAAUUAUAACAAUUAGACUUAGACAAACUUAGACAAACUUUAAUGAUCCACAAGGGAUCAUCAUUUUGACUUUUAAUCACAUCAUUUGGAUUUUUAAUCUUAAAAUUAUGAUUUAUCUCAUAAUUUUGAUUUUUUAUCUCAUAAUUUUGAUUUUUUAUCUCAUAAUUAUGACUCACUAUUGGGGUAUUUAUGAAUUAAUUCAUUUUCGUGGCGCAAACGGGCUUCUUGAGUAAAGAAAGGAGAGAAGAAGAACGGCCAAAAGAGUUUAUGAGGAAAAUAUUAAAGGAGAUGCUAAGAAAAAAAUUAUGAAAGGAGUUUGAAUUCAAUGUUGAUGUUAAGAAGCUUUGUAAUAUAAAAUAAGAGAUUGAAAAAGGAAAUAGGAAGAGUGAAAGAGGACAGAUUUUAUAUUUAGGAAUAUGAAAGGAUAUAUACAGUUGUGGUCAAAAGUUUACAUGGCUGUCUUGAGUUUCCAAUAAUUUCUACUACUCUUAUUUUUUUGUGAUAGAGUUAUUGGAGCACAUACUUGUUGGUCACAAAAAACUUCAUGAAGUUUGGUUAUUUUAUGAAUUUAUUAUGGGUCUACUGAAAAUGUGACCAAAUAUGUGUAAAAUAUACAAAUAAUUCACAAUCCGAUAGGUGGCAGUAAGACACUGAUAUAGUUUGUAUCCGCCCUAAUACGAAGAAGAAGAAGUAAAAAACGAAGAAGACAGACUUCCGCUGUUUGUUUAAACAGACAUCGUUAAUUAUUAUUAUUUUUUAUCAUUUAGCUUUUACAAAUAUAGGUUUACAUUGUGGACAAAACAUUUUAUUUUUAAAGUUAUUUAAAAUGUGAGGCUUCUACUCUUUAAAUGGUUAUUGUUUGCGGGAGGUGUUGGCGAAAGCAUCGGCAUCGCUUCACGUAUGACUUUUCCUCCAACUUUUAAAUAAUAUCGAUGGAUGAGUUUAUCAUGGCGACGUCUAAGAAGACUGUCAAGAAAAGCAUCUUUUAAUCGAACAGGAGACUGUUGUUGAUCACUGGAUCUUCAUUACAACGUCUGAAAAGAAGACACCAACAUGAACAGGAAACGAGAUAAAGGAUUUGAGAGUCCACGGCCAUUUAAAUUGACCCACCAGGUUGUGUGCAUCAACAACAUAAACUUCCAGAGGAAAUCUGUCAUUGGCUAUGUGGAGCUGACAAUCGUCCCUACAGUGGCCAACCUGAACAGAAUCAAGUUGAACAGCAAACAGUGUCGCAUCUACAGGGUGCGGAUCAACGAUCUGGAGGCCUCCUUCAUUUAUAACGACCCCACCCUGGAAGUGUGCCACAGCGAGUCCAAGCAAAGGAACCUGAAUUACUUCUCCAGUGCGUACACGGCAGCAGUGAGUGCUGUGGACCCUGAUGGAGGACAUGGCGAGUUGGUCAUCAAGGUUCCUUCUGAGCUCUGGAAACAAGGAGAUGAGUCCCAUAUUUUAAAGGUAUACAUUGAAUAUUCUCUGGACCAACCCAAAGGGGGUCUGCACUUUGUUGUUCCUGAUCUGGAAGGAAGUUUGUCAGAGAGAGGAGCGCACGUGUUCUCCUUUGGACACCACAACUCCACCAGGUUCUGGUUCCCCUGUGUGGACUCGUACUCCGAAUUAUGUACAUGGAAGCUGGAGUUCACCAUAGACGCCUCCAUGGUUGCUGUGUCAUGUGGCGAUCUGGUGGAGACAAUCUACACACAUGACAUGAGGAAGAAAACCUUCCAUUACACCCUGUCCAUCCCCACUGCGGCUCCCAACAUCUCCCUGGCAGUUGGACCCUUUGAAAUCCUAGUAGACCCGUACAUGCAUGAGGUGACCCACUUUUGCCUUCCCCAGCUGUUGCCACUUCUCAAGCACUCCAUGUCUUACCUGCAUGAGGUGUUUGAGUUCUAUGAAGAAAUCCUGACUUGUCGCUACCCUUACUCCUGCUUUAAGACGGUUUUUGUGGAUGAGUCCUAUGUGCAGGUGUCUUCCUAUGCUUCCAUGAGCAUCUUCAGCACCAACCUCCUUCACAAUUCUAUGAUUAUAGACCAGACUCCUCUGACACGCCGCUGCCUGGCCCAGGCCUUGGCUCAACAGUUUUUUGGGGUUUUCAUCUCAAGAAUGUCGUGGGCUGAUGAGUGGGUGUUGAAGGGAAUAUCCGGAUACAUAUUUGGCCUGUAUCUGAAGAAGACCUUUGGAGUAAAUGAGUAUCGGCACUGGAUCAGAGAGGAGCUGAACAAGAUCGUGGAAUAUGAACUGAAGAUGGGAGGUGUUCUUUUACACCCAACUUUCAGUGGAGUCAAAGAAAAGGACAAUCCGACGCCCCAUCUUCACUUCUCCCUCAAGCACCCACAUACCCUCUCAUGGGAGUACUACAGGAUGUUCCAGUGCAAGGCUCACCUGGUCAUGAGGCUCAUAGAAAACAGGAUCAGCAUGGAGUUCAUGUUGCAGGUUUUCAACAAGCUUUUGAGCCUGGCCAGCACAGCAUCGUCACAGAGGUACCAGAGUCACAUGUGGAGCCAGAUGCUUCUUUCUACCCAUGCCUUCUUAAAGUCCAUCUCCAACGUGUCUGGCAAAGACAUUGCUCCACUCAUCAAACAAUGGGUAGAUCAGAGUGCUGUGGUCAAAUUCUUCGGCAGCUUUGCGUUCAACAGAAAGAGGAAUGUUCUGGAGCUGGAAAUCCGGCAAGACUACACAUCAUCAGGGACUCAGAAAUAUGUAGGUCCCAUCAAGGUGACGGUACAGGAGUUGGAUGGUUCCUUCAAUCAUACUUUGCAGAUCGAAGAGAACAGCCUCAAACAUGAUAUUCCUUGUCACUCCAAGAGCAGAAGGAAUAAGAAAAAGAAGAUUCCUUUAAUGAAUGGAGAAGAAGUGGACAUGGAUUUAUCAGCCAUGGAUGCCGACUCUCCUCUUCUAUGGAUCCGCAUCGACCCAGACAUGUCCAUCCUGCGCAAGGUAGAACUGGAGCAAGCCGACUUUAUGUGGCAGUACCAGUUACGAUAUGAAAGGGACGUAGUUGCACAGGAAGAGGCCAUAUUUGCUCUUGAAAGUUUCCCAACUCCUGCCUCCAGACUUGCUCUGACUGACAUCCUUGAACAAGAACAGUGUUUCUACAAAGUCCGCAUCCAAGCCUGCUUCUGUCUGGCCAAGAUCGCCAAUGCUAUGGUGAGCACAUGGCAGGGUCCACCAGCUAUGAAGUCCUUGUUCACCAGAAUGUUCUGCUGCAAGAGCUGCCCCAAUAUUGUCAAGACCAACAACUUCAUCAACUUCCAGAGCUACUUCCUGCAGAAGACGAUGCCUGUUGCCAUGGCAUUACUCCGUGAUGUCCAGAAUCUCUGUCCCAGAGAUGUCCUCAACUUUAUCCUGGACCUCAUCAAGUACAAUGACAACAGGAAAAACAAAUUCUCAGACAAUUACUACCGCGCGGAACUGAUUGAAGCAUUGACCAACUCCCUGACGCCGGCCAUCAGCAUCAACAACGACAUGCGUACAGUGGACAAUUUAAACGCUGAUGUACAUCUCAUACUGGAGGAGAUUACCCGAUUCCUCAACAUGGAAAAACUCUUGCCAAGCUACAGGAACACAAUUACUAUCAGCUGUCUUAAAGCCAUUCGCGAACUUCAGAAGAAUGGUCAUAUUCCAAGUGAAGCAUCACUCUUUCGAUCUUAUGCAGAGUAUGGGCACUUUGUUGAUGUCCGUGUUGCUGCUUUGGAGGCUCUGGUGGACUAUACGAGAGUUGAAAGAAGCUCAGUGGAAUUACAGUGGCUGGUCAGUCUGGUUCAGAGUGACCCAUCUCAUUAUGUCAGACAUAAGAUCCUGGCCAUGCUUUGUAAGAACCCACCUUUCACCAAGAAAACAGAAUCAACUUUGUGUGAUGAAGCUCUGGUAGACCAACUGUGGAAGCUUAUGAACUCGGGUACAGCGCAUGACUGGCGUCUGCGCUGCGAUGCGGUGAACCUCUACUACGUGUUGUUCGGUUUGACACGGCCUUCCUGCCUGCCCCUGCCUGAACUUGGCCUAGUGCUCAACCUGAAAGAGAAGAAAGCUGUACUCAACCCCACCAUCAAGCCUGAAUUCAUUGUGGACACAGCUGCUAGCAUCGGGAUCCAUGGUGUUGGCAUCAGUUACCCACCUGAGGAUGACGAGCCUGAUCCAAUUUCCCUGGGGGUCUGUGGGGUAGGUCAGCCUCCUCAGGGCAUCAAGAGGAAGGCUGAAACUCAACUUGGCUCGCCUCCAGAACCAGGGCAAGCAGUGCAGCAUUUGGAAGAUGACAACAGAGCGGGCCGCUACAAGAUCAGGUUCAACAUGGAAGAAGAAGAUAUCGACAUGGAGACUGUUCAUGACAGCCAGGCCUUCAUUCACCAUCACCUCCAUCUGUUGGACAGACCUUCUACACCAGGCAAAGAGCCAGCGCUGGUGGAACAUUGCAUGCUGUCCAUGCCGGCCACGCCUGUGCCGACCUUCUCCAAAGAGACGUCCGCCCUGGCCAAGCACAGGAGUGAACAUGGCCACCAUCACCACGAGCACAAGAAGAAAAAGAAGAAGAAGCACAAGCAUAAACAUAAACACAAGCAUGAAAACAAGGACAGGGACAAGGGGAACUCGCAUCCAUACAGCAACAGUCCAGCUAGCGGCAAGUCUGCGCACUCCCCAUCUCUGUCUGAAUAAACAGCUUUUAUUUUGUACAAAUCAACAUCCUUUAUUUUGUAGAAACACCCUGAUCUAAAUAAACAUCAUUUACUUUGAAAAACAUUAUUUUUAAAGUAAUCAACAGCCUUCAGUUUGUACAAACUUUGUCGAAAUCAUUAUAUUUUACUUUGGAGAGACAUUCUGUCUAAAUCGACAUCUUUUAU